AUGGUGAUUUCUUUGUUAUUCUUCUGGGUUUCUAGCAUUAUUAUCUUAUACUUUGCACUACAGGUACAAUUAUCUGGUUGUCGCCCCAUAUACACUCGGCAGAUCGACGAAAUAAUGCUACCAUUCCGGCGUCUUCAGUUAUCGGUUUCUGAAUUCGCCACGUUCAAAGCGGCGCUGUUUUUCAAUCCCGAUGCGCUCGAUUUAUCGAGUCAAGCUAAACCUCAUGUGUAUGAGGAGAGGAAUAGGUAUCUGAGUGCUUUAUUCACAUGUAUCACAAAUAAGCUCGGCAUGGCUGCUGGUGUUCAGAAAUAUGGCAGCCUUCUAAUGAUGACAGCCAGUAUACAGAAUAUUUUGGCUCAGAAUGAGGAGAACAUGCAAGUGAUGGAAUUGUUCAAGAAUUGGGAAGUGGAUCCAUUCGUGAAAGAGCUGUGUAUGAAACGGGCCUGA